UUCUCCACCGAUUAGUUCAUUUGAUUUAGUGAUUCAUUGUUUUCAGGUUAAGAUCAUCUUUUACCAUCUCCAAUCCAAGUUGUAAUCUGCUUCGAACCAAGAGCUCGUUCUCCCUCUGUCUUUUGCUGAAAAGUAGGUCACUGAAAGCUACAAGUCCACAACGAUGGUUCAAAUGUUGGAUUUCGAUCGAAAGAUUAUUUUAAAUGGAAGUCGUGCAGAAAUAUUAGGUUACAGAAGCACGCCAGCAAUAAUAAAUUCAGCUUCUGCCUCUGUUUCUGUCUUCACUGCGCCACUGAGCACAGCCAUGGUCGCGUCCUCUGCUACGCCUCUGUUUUUAGUAUUACUUCACUUGGGUCUCUUCAUCGCCGGCGCCACUGAAUUCCAUCUCGUUCAUCUCCGAGACCUCGCCGCCGCCGGGCACCACCACCGCCUUCCCAACCCGGCCAACAACGGUAAGCUUUCGCUGGACUUGCUUCACCGAGACGCGAUCUCCGGCCGCAACUUCUCUGAUCGGCGCCACCGCCUAGACCACCGCUUGCAACGAGACGCCCACCGCCUUGCCUUCCUCUAUCGACGUCUCGGAGGAUACCAUGUUGACGACUUCGGCUCGGAGGUGGUCUCCGGUCUUGAGCAGGGGAGCGGCGAGUUUUUUGUCCGGGUCGGCGUCGGCGUCCCGCCACGGGACCAGUACAUGGUGGUCGACUCCGGCAGCGACAUCGUGUGGAUCCAAUGCCGCCCCUGCGCGCAAUGCUACGCUCAGUCCGACCCGGUGUUCGACCCGGCAGAGUCAGCCUCCUUCGCGAGGGUCGCCUGCGGCUCCCCCAUCUGCGGCUUCCUCGUCUCCGGUGAAUCCGGCUGCUACGCCGGCGACUGCCGCUAUGAGGUGUCCUACAGCGACGGGUCCUACACGAGGGGCACCCUCGCCCUGGAGACGCUGACGUUCGGCAACGUCGCGGUGCGUGACGUGGCCAUCGGGUGUGGCCACAGUAACCGCGGCCUCUUCGUCGGCGCCGCCGGCUUGCUGGGGCUUGGCUGGGGGCCGAUGUCCUUCGUCGGCCAGCUCGGCGGCCAGGCUGGCGGCGCCUUCAGCUACUGCCUCGCCAGCCGUGGCGGCGGCGCCGCCGCCGGCGGGUCAUUAAUCUUCGGCCGGACGUCAGCCGUGCCGGUGGGGGCCGUUUGGGUCCCCCUAACCCGCAACCUCCGAGCGCCGAGCUUCUACUACGUUCGCCUCCUCGGCCUCGGCGUCGGCGGCUGGCGGCUGCCUGUGCGGGAGGACGUCUUCCGUCUCUCCGAAGAGGGCGAGGGCGGGGUCGUGAUGGACACCGGAACAGCAGUCACCCGCCUGCCGCCCACGGCCUACGCCGCGCUGCGGGACGCCUUCGCCAGCGCCACGGCGGGGCUACCACGGGCGCCGGCGACCUCAAUCUUCGACACGUGCUACGACCUGAGCGGGUACGAGAGCGUGCGGGUCCCGACCGUGUCCUUCUACUUCGCCGGGGGGGCGAUACUGACGCUGCCGGCGCGGAACUUCCUGAUCCCAGUGGACGACGCCGGGAGGUUCUGCUUCGCCUUCGCGCCGUCGACGUCGGGGCUGUCGAUCAUGGGAAACAUACAGCAGGAGGGAAUCCAGAUCACCUUCGACGCCGCAAACGGCUUCGUGGGCUUCGGACCAAACACGUGCUAAACACUACUUUCAGAACGUCUUCGAAUCAAUCGCAAUGAACAUUGUAGAUACAUCACGAGUUCUUCCGAGAUCACUGAAUUAUGGUUUUUGGCAGAA